GCGCUUUUUCUCUCUCUCGCUCUCACUCACUCACUGUCCCUCUCUCUGUGCGGCAUUUCGCGUCUCUGCAAUUCCGUCAAUUGGCCGGAUGUCUCACCCUAUCGUCCUCUCCGACGACGAGGACCGGAUCGUGCUCGACACCCCGCUUCCGACAACAUCCAAGAAGCGGCGUACGGGGCCGGAUGGGGGGCCAGACCCUCCGGUGCUGAUCCUCGACGAUGAUCCCACACCCAAGAAGUUCGGCUCCAGCUCCACUCCCUGCUUCGUCGCCGAGACGCCGUAUUCGGACAUUGCUAUCGUGAAAUGCACGUCGAGGGUCAACUUACCCGAUGAUCCCCAAGCUAGGGUUUCUCCCGACCGCCCGAGGUUAUCCGGAAUUAGUGGAAUGAUAUGCUUGGGUUCUGAUAGUGACUCUGACGGCAUUUCUGAAAGGGAAACACCGAAGAGAAAUGAGGCAGCUGGGUCUGCUUCAGGCGCAGAAGAGGAUGCUAGACGUGAUUUUGGUUUCGCUGAGCCCACAUAUUCGGUCGGGGAUUCUGAUUUAUUUCAUGGGUCUGGAAGCAACUUGCAUCCAACAUCUGUACCGGAAGAUAUACGACUGUAUCAGGUAGAUCAAGAUGACUCUCCUGACAAAGAAAAUUUCAGCAAGGAGCAGAUGGAUGAGAGAGCUAAAAAUAAAAGCAGACAAAAGCCAUAUUCUGAUAAGAACGCUAUUGUGGAUGGAGGAGUCAUGAAAAAGAAGAUGACGAAAGAGGAAAGAGUUCGUGCAGCAGAAGAGAAAAAGCUCCAGAGAGAACAAGAAAAGAUUCGUGCAGCUGAGGAAAGGAAACUAAAGAGAGAACAAAAAAAGAUUCGUGCAGCAGAAGAGAAGCUAAAGAAAGAACAAGAAAAGUUGGCUAAGAAGGCUGAAGCUGCUGACGUGAAGAAAGUUAAGCAGUGGGAAAAGGGAAAAUUUGCGCUGAAAUCCAUUAUCGCUGAGAUUGAUGCUAAAGUUGUUGAGCUUGGUUCAAUUGGAGGACAUCUUCUAACAAGACUCUCAGAAAAAGGACUUUCAUUCCGCAUAAAGUCAAAUCCAAUUGAAAGAUCAAUUGUAUGGACGAUGUCUGUUCCUGAAGAAAUUUCACAGCUUUCUUCAGAGGGUGCAGAAGUUUCAUACAUAGUGCUUGUCUAUGAGGCAGAAGACUUUUGUAACCUUGUAAAUGGAUCUUUCUUGGAACAUGUUGAUGGUGUCCGUCGUCUUUAUCCGUCUCACACAAUAUGCUAUCUCACAAAUAGGUUGAUGGCAUAUAUCAAUAAAAGGGAACAGGAACAGUACAAGAACCCGGCAAACAGUAAUGGUUGGAGACGACCCCCGGUUGAGGAGGUAUUGGCGAAAUUAACCACGCAUUUUGUUAGAGUACACUCCAGACAAUGUGUAGAUGAAGCUGAAGUAGCUGAGCACAUUGUUGGCUUAACAUCCAGUCUGGCCUCUUGCCAAUUUAGAAAGAAGUUAUCACGCCUUUCAGUGAGUGCUAAUGGAUCUAUUAUCCCCAAAGAUGCUGCUGAUCGGAACUUAAUGAAGAACAAUGUCUGGUUAAGAGCUCUUGUUGCAAUCCCCAAGGUACAGCCACGGUUUGCUAUUGCCAUAUGGAAGAAGUACCCUACAAUGAAAUCUCUUAUGCGUGUUUACAUGGACCCAAAUAAGUCUGUGUAUGAGAAGGAAUGCUUGCUCAAGGACUUGGUGACCGAAGGAUUAGUUGGGCAGGAUAGAAGAUUAGGUGAGGUGUGCUCGAAAAGAGUGUACAGAAUACUCAUGGCUCGGAGCGGCAGCAUCAAAACAGAUGAUAUAGAGGAUGGUGCUGACUUUUUCAGAUCCUAAGAUGCAUUUUUUUCCUAAACCCCGGUCUCUCCGUUGGUCUUGCUCCAAUGUCAAAUUUGUUGUACAAAUUCAGUUACCGCAUAAUCUGUGUCAAUUACCAUAUCUGGGAGCAUUGAAAAUGUAUUUUGGAAUAUGGCAGUAGGACUGAUCUGAUCCAAAGUUAUGAGUAUUUUAGAUGAUAUAACAUGUGGAGCUAGCACUCGUCUUGACUUGA